UCAAAGGCAGUUCGCGGCAUGGAGGGGGGACACCAUGGCGGGUUCGACCACUUGGGUAUGGGUGGAGAGAGCCACGGGCACGGACAGAGCCACGGGCAGAGCCACGGGCACGGGCAUGGACACGGCGGCGAGUGCGAGAGAGACGGAGACGGACGUGCCCAUGGACACGGUCAUAGCCAUGGAGGAGAAGAUCAUGGGCAUAGUCACGGACAAGGGAAUGGACAUGGGCAUGGGCAUGGGCAUAGCCAUGGACACGACGACAACCAUCAUGGACACAGCCACGGCCACGGAGGCGGACACGACCACGGAGGCGGACACGAUCAUCAUGGUCACUCACAUUCUGGUGGUGGCAGUGGAACAGCGUCCUCCAACGGCAUGUCGCUGGCGUCGGCAUUGGCGUCGAGUCGGCACCACAUCCGGGUCUUGUGGAGCACGCCAUCAACGCGAACACUGCUCCUCUUUGCCGUCAUGGAGUUUGUCUUUCUCUGUGUGGAGCUCGUCUACGGCAUGUGGGCCGAGUCGCUUGCUCUUGUCGCCGACGCUGUCCAUCACACACUGGAUGUCUUUGCGCUCACGGUUUCGCUCCUUGCGGCGGUUGUCUCGCGCCUCCCGCCGACCUUUGCCUACUCUUACGGCUUUGAGCGCGUCGAGGUCCUGGCCGGCUUCACUGUAGGGUCGGCCAUUGCCUUUAUCGGCCUCUUCCUUGUGGUCGAGGUGGUGGAGAAGGUGCUCGAGCCUACGGAGCCGUCGUCAGCACACGUCAUUCCCAUUGCGCUUGCCUCGCUUGCGCUCAACCUGGCGCGAUGGGCGCUGAUCCAGGACUACGCCUUCCUCCGGUCGGAGCGGCUGACGCCCAACGCCGCCGCGAGCUCGUCGACGCUCCUCCGGUCCGAGCUCGCGGCGCGCAAUGCGGCCACGCCGCUGCCUGUCCGGCUUGCUCGCGAGAACGCCGCGUCGGUCGCGGUCAUGGCUGCCGCCACCGCCGUCGAGUGGGGCUAUCCCACCGCCGACGUCAUUGCCGCCUCGUUUGUCAUCGUUCUCCUCAUCGUCACCAUCCUUCCGCUCAUGCGCGACACCGGGCGGGUCCUGCUGCAGGCCAAGCCGGCGUCAAUCCGCGGCGUGCUGGACAAGGUCAUGCGCGAGGCGUCGACGCUCGACGGGGUCCUCGAGGUCCGCCCGGACAAGUGCCACUUUUGGACGCUCUCGCCAGGCACCUUUGUGGGCAACAUCUCGCUUCGCGUUCGCGAGGACGCCAACGAGCAGGUCGUUCUCCAGCAUGUCCGAUCCAUGUUUGAUCCGUUUGUCACUCAUCUGACAAUCCAGAUCGAGAAGGACGAGUGGGGCCAGUGA